CAGGCAAGGUUUUGCUUCAAUGAUCCGCGAUCACUCGCUCAGCGGACUCACUUAUUAGACGUGGUACCAAGAUGGCGGAAGUGGUACAGCUUAGAUGUGCGGUGCAGUCGUACGCAUGGGGGAAGAUAGGGGCAGACAGUGCGGUAGCACAGUUAGCAAAGGGCGACCCCUCUUUCGUCCUGGAAAAUAAUAAACCCUAUGCAGAGCUUUGGAUGGGAACUCACCCUAAUGGGCCCUCAACUAUCUGCGACAGUGAUGGCACAUCACUAUCAGAAUGGAUAUAUAGGCAUAAUGGCUGCUUGGGAAACAAAGUGACUGAGAUGUUUAGUGGCAAGCUUCCCUUCCUGUUUAAGGUCUUAUCUGUCAAUAAGUCAUUGUCUAUUCAAGCUCACCCAAACAAACAUCAUGCUGAACAGCUACAUGCUGCAAGACCAGAUAUAUAUAAAGACCCAAACCAUAAACCUGAAAUGGCAAUAGCAAUCACAGACUAUGAGGGGCUGUGUGGUUUCCGACCUGUGAGUGAAAUUAAGGAAUUCCUUCAAUCUGUGCCGGAACUGGCUUCUGUUAUUGGAGAGCAGCCAUGUGCUUUGCUCUUAGGUAGUAAUGAUAAGGCUUCCGAAUGUGAAGGUAUCAAGCAGUGCUUCUCCUCACUCAUGACAAGAGAUGAGAUUGCGGUGACCAAACAUCUUAGUGAGCUACUAGACAGAAUUAAGACCAUGAAGAGUGCUGAAAUCGAUGUAACAGGCUGCCUGGGAGAUCUGUUUCUAAGCUUACAUGGGCAGUUCCCUGGUGACAUUGGCUGUUUCUGCAUCUACUUUCUAAACCAUGUGAUGCUAAAGCCUGGUCAAGCCAUGUUCUUGGGACCAAACCUUCCGCAUGCUUACUUAUCUGGAGACUGCAUGGAAUGCAUGGCGUGCAGUGACAAUGUUGUACGAGCUGGCUUAACACCUAAAUACAAGGAUGUCCAGACUCUGUGUGAUAUGCUAGAUUAUAGUCCAGGCACUGCAGAAGAUAACAUUUUCCCUUCUCAACUGGACCCUGAGGAUUCACAUGUAGUGGUGUAUGACCCACCAGUCAAGGACUUCUCUGUUGCUAGAAUCAAUCUUCCUGCCUCUCUGUCAAGUUACACUGUAAAGGCAGUGGAGGGUCCAAGUAUACUUAUUGUGAUAUCUGGUGGUGGUGAGACUUUAACACAGCAACCACUCAAGUUAGAGCGUGGCGCUGUGCUAUUUAUGCCCGCGUCCGUGGAACUGCCUGUGAAGACUGGGAAUGAAGGGCUUUUGGUCUUUAGAGCUUACUGUGACCCUAAAUGAUACAACUUGCAUGAUCCACGACGAGAAGCAUUUCCUGAGGGGGGUGGGGGGGGCGGGGUAUCCAACGAAUAGGAAGCGUACACUAAGAAACCGCGUGACUUCUUGAGUGACAAACUAACGCCUAAAUAAGCAGAGAAAUGUCUUGCGGCCGAAAAAAUAGCGAUGAACAAAAAAUUUAUUUCAAUGAAAAUAAGCCUUUUUGUCAAAGAAUCUUUCUGGCUGAUUCGUAAGCGCUGAAUAAGUUUCUUUUUAUUUUGUUCUUAUUUUGCCGCCAAAAGCCGGGUUCGAGUUUGCCACCCAAAAAUUCAAGUAAUUUCUAAGGAUGAGUCGCGUAUCACUUAGUUCGCAUAAACGAACUCGUGUCAAAGGCCACAAAUCGAAUUGAGUAUUAGAUUUUAUGUGGAAACUGGGCAUUAUAUAUUAUUUUGGGAAGUGUAAGGAAUCGUUUGUACCAACACUGUCAAUAUGAACGAGAAAAACUCGUUGUGUCAUGGUUACCGAUACUUUCAUUCUUUUCACACACUGCACAUUAUCUUUCAAUUUUAUUUAUUACUAGUUAAUAUUAUCUUCCAAUUUUAUUUAUUACUUGCAAAUAUGUCAAAACACGCAAAAGAGACAUUCGUGUCGAUAGCACUAAAAGAAGCAGAAUACCCCCGCAUCUGUAGGUUAACCGAUGGGGGAAAAUGCCAUUUUGUAUUUGAAACAGAAAAUUUAAUUGUUUGCCAAAUUGAUCAUAUUUUGUCUUGCCAACUUUGUAAAGGCACAUAGGCUAGAGCGGAUAAUCUAUGUGUAAAACAAGAGACCCAAUAACAGCACGCGCAAAAAUGUCAACGCAAAAAGGCUGCUGUACAAAUGGUCUCUUGGUAUAAUAUUAAAAAAAAAAAACAGUAAAAAUUAAUGCGCGAGAAAAUAGGUGCUAAGGUGCAGUAUUGUAUUUUUAAAUGCGACAGUAUUUUGGCUGAGCGUCACUGGACGAGAGAAUUCUAGAGGCUCUAGUACCCAGGGUAUAAAUGUUUUUAUUUUUCAGUGACAUAUUUUGUUUAUUAACAGGGACUGCGGACGGGAAGGGGCAGGGGGUUUACAAGUGGGUCCCCUACUUUUCUGAGAGGAUGUGUGUUUUUUAUGCAGGUGCGUACCCAGGAAGGGGAGGGGGGUGGGGGCGCAGUCAUAGGUAUCACAUGGAAAUAGCAUCGUAUAUGAAGAUUCCUUAAAUAAAAAUGACCCAUGGCCUUCAA